AUGUCUUCAUACAAGCGCCAAUUCCUCAUUCAAUCAUACCAGCAACAACAAUUGCAACAACAGCAGGCACAGGAAGAUACGCCAUGGUUGAGAUACCCCGACCCUCAAAGGUCCUCCAACGGCCACAGCCGGUCUUCAUUCUUGCCCAACGCCCCUCACAACAAGCUUACCCCAAGCAACAAUAACACACACGCGUCUCGAUCCGAAACCCUUCCAGCCAACAGGCUGCACCACAAGCGGUCGUCUUCCAAACUCCUCCUGGGCACCUCCCAGUCCAGCAGCCACCAUACCCACAGCAAUAACAGCUCCAAUGCUUCGCUGCCCAUGUCUCUGGCUAGUAACUCCAGUAGCGACUCUCUUGCCCACAACAACAACAACCACCAUUUAUCUCACAGCCAUCAAAAUCAUCAUCACCAACAACAGCAACAACAACCUAGCCCCUUCACACCUACAUCCAACAGCAACAAGCCAAGGUCACUCUCCGAGGAGCUGUCUUUUGCCACGCAUGGCGGCAACAGCAAUAAUAGCAGCAGCAGUGCCGAUGACAGCAUCCACCGCAGCAGCAACACAAACGGCAGACACCCAUACCCUUCGCCAAUCACACCCUCUGAUCUCCUAUCCAUACCCGACCUCUCUGCUUCGCCUUCGUCAGCAUCGUCAUCGUCAGCAUCCACCGCCUCCUCCACCACAUCCUUGGCAUCCCCGUUCCCUCUCCAGCGAGCUCGCGUCGACUCGGGUGCAGGACAAAAGCUGCGUCCGUCCCCUCUCUCGAUCAACACCAACUUGAGCAACCCUACCCUUGAUGCCUCCGCCUUUCUUCAACAAAAACAACAUCAGAGCCCGUCCUUGGUCUCGCGUGGUUCCACGGUCGUUGCGGACGGAGGAGGGGUGCUCCGAUUUGAGGACACACCUACAACACCUGGUCGUGAGGGAAUCGACGAAGAUAUGAACGUCUCAUCGUCUUCCUUGAUCGAUGAAGCAAUGGUAGCGUCUCUUCCCGAACCGACCCUUCUCCACCUGGACGAGAUGCCCAUGGCGAUCGAGAAGGCUCCGGCAUCGACGGCUGUGACGAUUGUGGGAAGCACUCCGACCUACGGCAUGGGUGCAUAUAAGGCCCAACGGGAUCAAGAAGAAAUGGCGGCUGAGAGUGCCCUUGGUCUGUACUCUGCCGCUGAGCCACCCAAGAAGCGCCAGCGAUCGGCAGCCGCGUAUCUCUUUGGUGCUGCCUUCGAGACGGUCAUCUUUACCAGUGCCGUUGCUCUUUCUGCCUACCAGCUCCUCACUGGCAAGGGUCGUCUGCAAGGGAUCCAAGACGCGUCUGUCGAUGCUAAUGGCGAGACCGCGCCCUCUGCUGAAGGAACCGAUGCCUUCUCGGGUGCUAAUCAUUCCCUCAUGCCUAUCGAAUCAGCACCUGUCAACAUUCCAACACGCACGCCCCGACACCCGUCUUCCUCCCCCCAUGCCCAUCUACUCGGCAAAUCCCUCCACCACCACCAUCACCAAGGCCGCCACCUCCACCACUCUUCCAACCACAAAUCGCGCCACCCCAAAUCCGGGUCCAAGAAACACGGAUUGUCGGCCUCCCUCCCUCACUCGAACCCUUACGAACCCGAUCAUCCGUUUUAUGAACGCGCCAUGAUCCCACCCAAGAGGCCCAACACGGGAACUGAGGAUAACGAUGAGCAGUUCUUGAGGAUGGAGGCUCAAUUGAGCACGCUGAUUGCGGAAGGCAAACGGGCCUUGAGCAGUCGUAUUCAGGAUCAUCAAUAG